AGCGGAAGACUCAGAUAAUCUGAGCGGAGCGAGAACCAAGUGUCACUUUUUUCUCAGUCUUUCAUUGACGUUGGACCAAAAUAUACCCGGCCUCCCAAUCCCAAUUGGAAUAUACUGAGAAUAGGAUUACUUACUAGUUAUGAGGACAAAGCGCAGUAAUGUCUGGAACAUCGACCUCUGAACGCUCCAACUCCGAAGACAGCCCAUCUAAUCCCUGCCUGACGGAGGUGCUCAGGACCUGUGCAAACAUCCAGUCGCUGGAGAGCUUGAACUACGAAUAUAACGACGUUUUUCUGAGCGGUCCCAACAACGGUCGCAAGAUGCUCUCGCCGAAUCCGUACUCCUUCAUCUCAACCAGCAGCUGUCCCAGUGAGGAUGUGUCAUUCACGGAGAGUAUUUUGGAGGACAACGGUCGUAUUUCGCUGGCCUAUGAGAAUUUGAAGACAAUUCCCAAGCGACUGGCCGACAAAUUCGCAACACAGACCCGGUAUCUAGACCUGAGCCACAACGAUUUUCGUAAUCUGCGGUUUUUAUCGUUCUUCGAGGACCUAGACACUUUGAUUUUGGACCGCAAUGUUAACCUGGAUAUAAACACUUUUCCUUAUCUGCCAAGCCUAAGGAUUUUGUGGAUCAAUAACUGCGACAUCGCGAACAUAACAGACUGGAUUCACCGCAUUGAACGCCAGUGUCCCGCGCUAGAUCAGCUCUCCUGCAUGGGCAAUCCUGGCAUCCGCACCGUUUUUGGGGGACAAGGACCCCGCGAGUAUAUCCUGCAGGUGCUCCCCCAACUGAAAUACCUCGAUGGACUCCAGGUUUGCCCCAGCAGCGGGAAUGGAGGUCACACGGCGCUCUCCUCCUCGCAAGGACAUGGUCGGGAUUCCACCAGCAACUCGGAGAAGCCACAAGCCGCACCUGCACUCACAUUCAAGGACUUCUUCCGGUCAAAACAUUCGAGGAAAUCCCACAGUGGACGGACCUACGUCAACGGCUCCUCGACAAAUUGAAGUGCUUCGCCGAAGUGAGGGAGGGGUAUUCCACUGAUUGCAUUCUGUCCCAUUGUUGGACUAUUUUUAACCGUCCGCUGGAUUAUCAGCGCUGCCCUCGGAUGCCCUGCAGUCGUCGAUUGCACCUACAGAACGAUGCAAAUAAAUAUGCCUAUGAUAAUUGCCUUGCACAUACGUAUAUCAAUAUGCAAUUGUGUGGCGAUGGACACGCACCAGCCUAGUGAGAAUUAAUCUAGUGCAUUAAAGCAAUUUUUAUAAAAAUGCAAGUCAAUGGACUCUAUGAAUAGUCAAGUAAACAGGUCGUAUAUGUAUAAUGAGCCCCAUUUUCAGAAUAAAUGUUCAUUUUAACAGCAU